AUGCCUUCUCCACCUCCUUUAUUUGAUGAAAGCAAAAAGAAGAAGAAGCCUGUUUCCAGCACUGCAGGUCCUUCAGCUCAACCAUCGGCAUCAUCUAGUAGAUCUCAAAGAGAGCUUGAAUUAGCCUUCCGAGGUGGUCCCCCUCCCGCACCAAGGGCAGCCAGAAGGGGAAGAGAUGAAAAAGCGGACUUUCGCCAGCAACAGUCCCCACCACAGACGACAACUCGCAAAAAUAAGCAACCCGCGCGCUCGCCUUCGCCUUCUCCAGUCAGAGGAGCACCAGACGUGCGAAGCGCCAGGGGCGAUGAAGGUCAAAGAGUCAUCAAGAAGCUUCUUGCGACUAUGCAGAAGUAUAAACCGAAACUUCACUUAGAAUAUGACUCUCAAAGUGAAGUCCUUAUCAUGAGAGGAUCACUCGGGGUCUGUUCAGAGGAUGAUGCAAUGCGUUAUCUAACAGAAGUAAAUUUUGAGUCAUCAGCAUAUAAACUCGUCUACGAACAUACGCCUAGACGUGACUAUCGCUAUUCGCUGCUUCUCGAAAACAUGAAACAGCUAGACGGUAAAACUAAAAAAAGGCUCGCAGAGAAUAUGAAUCACCAACUGGACAAACUCAACAAAAAUGAACACGCCGUAUAUCUCCAGGGUUUUGAAGAGAAGCACAAUAGACCGUUUGACCUGAAGGCACACUACAAAGAAACGUUGAAGCGAAUACAUUUCCAAAUGGAAACAGCAUCGGGCAUGGAGGUAUGGGAUGAAAGCGAUGGCAAACCUAGCGAUGCCCUCGACCGUUUCGUAAAUUCAAAGCCUCUCGUCUUGGAAUGCAUGCUCGCGAUUAAGCUCUCAUAUCUUUGCAUGUACAAGAAAAUGCUUGGGGCUUCCGCACUCAACCAAUUAUUUGACGGUGUUCUACACAAAGUGUAUGAAGACCUUCCACGCCAGUGGAAGAAGGGCGAGAGGAAAUAUUUCCACCUUAGUUACAACAGCAUUCCAAGAAUAACAGGCUACUAUAAAGGGAGUUUCAAAAAAGAGAGACAAACAGUUGAAUACGGGAAGUCGUAUUAUAUUCAGGGUCCCCAACAUGCAUUUAAUUUCCAUCCGUCAUCGGAAGCUAAUGGAUUUAACGUUUUGUACACGGGGAAGAAUGAAGAGGGACAAGACGUCUUCCGUGGAUUUGAUCCCCCAGAUCGUGCCGAUAAGACACAGCAAGAGUUUGAAACUAUGAUGGAGAAAAAGUAUCAGGAGCCGCUUACAGUGGAGGACUUGAGAAUGCUGUGUAAACGUGAGGGCAGCGAAAUGCCGCCGGAUGGCGUCAUGACAUUUAGAGAGACCAUGGAUAUUCUAAGAAAGGCGUACGGGAAGUCUCUUGAUAAGGCGCUCAAAAAUGCUAAUAAAGCCAAGCCGGAGGAAUAUUAUAAGGCUUCGGAACCAGAAAUUUCUGUACCAGAGAAAUACAAUGAGCAUCGUUGUAGAGGAUUGGUAGCAUAUGUACAAUGGAUUUAG